AUAGUGGGAAUAUCAAACGCUCUGCUGGCAGCAGGCGUCUAUACUAUAGUACUUCCGCAAUCACCCCGGUCCGAGGAGCAGUAGUAGUGCAACCUCGGUGCAGGACGUUUCAGGCUCGCCAAGCCGGAGUAUAAUUCUGUAACACGCUUGGAAUAUCUUACACACGAUUGAAACACCUUGCUCCCAUGCCCUGCUCUUGCCUAGCUUAACCCUCCACCAACUCUUCGACGAGCAAUUUCACGACAAACAAUUAUGGCCUCCUUCAAAUUCUGGGAGAACCCAAAUUAUGACAGGACUACCAAACGAACUGACAGCAAAAGGCGGAUGAAAAUGAUCAAGUCCUAUGCUCCUGAUUGGACCAUUACAAUUCUUUUGGCGAUUGUGUUCUUCGCCCUCGACGGCGUUCACGGCUUCCGACGAGAAUUUUCGGUGCAUGAUGAAACCAUACUUUUUCCGUUUGCAUUUCAUGAACGUGUUCCAGAUGUUGCCCUGUACUUCAUUGCGAUUGUGGCGCCGCUCGUCCUUCAAUUGGUAGUGAAUUUACUCACCGUUCGGUCCUUCUGGGAUUACCACUGCAGCGCACUCGGGCUCAUCUUGGGGCUUGCUAUCACAGGUGCCAUCACUCAGUUUACGAAGAUCACUGUUGGCCGUCCCCGUCCAGAUCUGCUCGCACGAUGCAUGCCCAUUCCUGGCUCCUCGGACCCCACUUUUGGACUCUCGACAGAUGCAAUAUGCACAAACACCAACACAGCUAUCAUGAUCGAUGGUUGGAGGAGCUUCCCAAGUGGCCACGCCAGCUUGUCCCAUGCUGGACUUGGCUUCCUAUCGUACUAUUUGGCCGGAAAGAUGCACCUGUUUGAUUCCAGGGGGCACGCUCACAAAGCUUGGAUCUCUGUCACUCCUAUUUUUGGAGCUAUCCUGGUAGCGAUUUCCCGCACCAUGGACUAUCGACACCACUGGCAAGACGUUAUAGCUGGAUCCAUCCUCGGAUUGGUUGUUUCAUAUUUCGCGUAUCGCCAAUACUUUCCUUCGUUGUCAUCACCAAUGUCUCAUAAACCGUAUUCCCCGAGAGUACAACGUGAAAAGGAGCUGCCUACUGUCAACCCCGCAACUGACCACCACAGUAUGUCCUAUACAGAUGGCUUGGAGGGAGAAGAAGUGGAGUUGGUUGGUGGUAAUGUGCACAAGCCUGAUCCAGCUCUCACUGGGGAAGAAGGGGUCGACGGUGGCGCACCCCGCCUUUAAGUGUUCUUCAAAAUUCACUGGACAUUCGAUUAAGAACUUUUUCGUUAUCCUUUACUGGACGAUUUCUAUAGCCGUACAUAAUCACGUAUUGCAUGUAGUAUGAUAUGGGCAAAGGACUCCUGUUACUCAGGC